AUUUCCUUUACAGUGGCUCUGGAGUGAGAGAAAUUGGACAAAUUCCUCCUGUUCAGGAAAAGGCAGCGACAAGGACUGACUUAAAGAUGCUUAAGAAUAAUGUUACUGAUCAUAAGCUAAAUGUGGAAGCCAUAAUUAAAAACAUUCACACAAUUUCUUUGGAGUUGAAGAAGAUGAAAGAGCACUCCCAGUUACUGCUUUGUGACCUUACUCUACAUUUUAGUCACCCUAUGAAGACAGAAGACUUAACAGAAACAAAAGGAAACAAUCCCCUCUAUGAAGAGUCUAAAAUAUCAGAUGUAUCCCUUGCUUCUAACAGUUUUUCUGUCUGAUUUCUUACUUGUUGUGAAUUUCUGUGUUAUUGUUGAAUUAACAAAUAUCUGGGAGAACUGAAUUUACUAAUAUAUUUAAUAUAAUUUAAAAAAAUAAAAAUUAUGUA